GGUUCAGAAGGCUUUGCAUCUUGAACAUCCUGGGUGCAGAGCGGUCACAGGCCAUCCCCACAGAAAGGUUCCUACAGAUGGGGUGCGUGACUGUGUUCUCUCCUCCACACCCCUCUGAGGCUUACGGCCACCAAAGCCCACAGUCCUUCAGGGCUCAGGCCUCGGGGCUAAACAAUGACUCACAGACUUUCACACCUCCCCACACACCCUGCACAUGCCAACUUUUUGUUUUGGUAAAUAAAUACACUCAAAAGUAAUGACCAUCUACUCUGGCCAUCAUUAUUUCAUAAAAGCAAGGCUAUUUUAUCACCAAUGCCAGAUGCACAAUCUCAGAAUAAGCCGAAGUUCUGAAAUUAAAAUACAUUUUAUUUCAUGACAAACUCCCUCUACAUUUUCCUCACUAUUCCGUAGACAGGCACUGGGGAGCCUCCCGCACAGCUAGGGCCACUGGAGCCCAGGCUGCAAAGACCCCAGGAGGUCCCAGAAUCUACCUGCCUCAGGCCCAGAGAGGGGUGGACGUUGCCCAGGACCUGCCGCUGGAAGAGGAGAAAGGUUUUCCCGUUCUCCCCCAGGCAAUUCUCCAUCAAAAUGCCGUCUGACUACAAAGAGGCAGGCACUUGCUUCCGGAUCCCCUCUGCGCUCUGCAGAACUCCCAGGUCACGGAGCUCAUUUCACUAACUGCAGCCGUCCCCCUGGGGCGCCCCGUCUGCCCUACUUGCCAUCAGCCAGAUGCGCAGGAUCUUGUGGCAGAAAGCAGGAGCCUGGAUAGGAAGAGGAGCAGCCAGGCUGAGGUGGGCAACGCUUCCCGUCCCUGGCCCUUCCCACGUCCUCAGAGACCUGGGACCUGAGACUCAUUAGAGCCUGCAUAAUGGAUGCCUCCUUCUCUCUUCUUGGAAAGCCCCAGCCCAUCUUGCUUAAUGGCCACGAGGGAAGUGGGAUACCAGCGCUCCGCUCAUAAAGCCAGCCUCUGCCUCCCCAUCUCCCCUUGGAGGAGGGGCAGCUGGGCGGCUCUCACAGGGGAGGCCUGGCCUCUUGUCUUCUGCUUCACGACAGCUGGAUGACAGUGCUUCUGCUGCAAGUAGCAUGGAGGUGACGGACCGCAUUGCUUCACUGGAGCAGAGAGUCCAGAUGCAAGAAGACGACAUCCAGCUGCUCAAAUCAGCUCUAGCUGAUGUGGUUCGGCGGCUGAACAUUACUGAGGAACAGCAGGCCGUGCUUAACAGGAAAGGACCUACCAAAGCAAGACCACUGAUGCAGACCCUGCCUUUAAGAACCACUGUCAACAAUGGCACUGUGUUACCAAAGAAAUCUAGUGGCUCUCUACCGUCCCCCUCCGGGGCCAGGAAAGAAACCGCUGUGCCGACAACCAAAAGAUUAAACAGAUCUGUGAGUCUUCUCAAUGCUUGCAAACUGAAUAGAUCGACACCAAGUAACAUCAAGAGGACCAGCUCUUCUGAACGAGUAUCUCCUGGGGGUCGAAGAGAAAGCAAUGGGGAUUCCAAAGGAAACCGGAAUCGCACAGGCUCUACCAGCAGCUCUUCUAGUGGCAAAAAGAACAGUGAAAGCAAACCCAAGGAGCCUGUAUUCAGUGCAGCCCUUCUGUCUCUGUCUCCGAAAUCACAAGGGAAACGCCGGGUGACACACUGCAAAGAAGAAGGCUAUGUAAAAAUGUUUCUUCGUGGACGCCCUGUUACCAUGUACAUGCCCAAAGAUCAAGUGGAUUCUUACAGCUUGGAAGCAAAAGUAGAACUUCCAACCAAGAGACUCAAGCUGGAAUGGGUCUACGGGUACAGGGGUCGAGACUGCCGUAACAACCUGUACUUGCUUCCGACGGGAGAGACCGUCUACUUCAUCGCGUCUGUGGUGGUGUUAUACAAUGUGGAGGAGCAACUGCAGAGGCAUUACGCUGGCCACAACGAUGACGUGAAGUGCCUAGCAGUUCAUCCUGACCGGAUCACGAUAGCAACAGGACAAGUCGCAGGCACAUCGAAGGAUGGAAAACAAUUGCCCCCACACGUGCGCAUCUGGGAUUCUGUGACAUUGAAUACUCUGCACGUCAUUGGAAUAGGUUUUUUUGACCGAGCAGUCACCUGUAUUGCAUUCUCAAAAUCUAAUGGAGGAACCAAUCUCUGUGCUGUGGAUGACUCCAACGACCAUGUGCUCUCUGUAUGGGACUGGCAGAAAGAAGAAAAACUGGCGGAUGUGAAGUGCUCUAAUGAAGCUGUGUUUGCUGCGGAUUUCCACCCCACGGACACCAACAUCAUAGUUACCUGUGGAAAAUCACAUCUCUACUUUUGGACACUAGAAGGAAGCUCCCUUAAUAAGAAGCAAGGAUUAUUUGAGAAACAAGAAAAGCCAAAGUUUGUCCUCUGUGUGACUUUCUCUGAAAAUGGUGACACCAUUACUGGAGAUUCGAGUGGCAACAUCUUAGUAUGGGGAAAAGGUACAAAUCGAAUAAGCUAUGCAGUUCAAGGGGCCCAUGAGGGUGGCAUUUUUGCACUUUGUAUGUUAAGAGAUGGCACACUGGUGUCGGGAGGUGGGAAAGACCGAAAGCUCAUUUCUUGGAGCGGGAACUAUCAAAAACUUCGUAAAACAGAGAUUCCAGAACAGUUUGGUCCAAUACGUACAGUGGCCGAGGGGAAAGGUGAUGUGAUCCUGAUUGGCACAACUCGAAACUUUGUCCUGCAGGGCACUCUGUCAGGGGACUUCAUACCCAUUACUCAGGGUCACACUGAUGAGCUCUGGGGACUGGCCAUCCAUGCCUCAAAACCUCAGUUCUUGACCUGUGGGCAUGACAAGCAUGCCACUCUCUGGGACGCUGUGGGUCACCGUCCUGUCUGGGACAAAAUAAUAGAGGAUCCAGCUCAGUCUUCUGGUUUUCAUCCUUCAGGGUCUGUGGUUGCAGUCGGAACACUCACUGGGAGGUGGUUUGUGUUUGACACAGAAACAAAAGACUUGGUCACCGUUCACACAGAUGGAAAUGAACAGCUCUCUGUAAUGCGAUACUCACCAGAUGGGAAUUUCUUAGCCAUAGGCUCGCAUGACAACUGCAUCUAUAUAUAUGGUGUCAGUGACAACGGGAGGAAGUACACGCGAGUGGGCAAGUGCUCGGGUCAUUCCAGCUUCAUUACUCACCUGGACUGGUCUGUAAACUCGCAAUUCCUCGUGUCAAAUUCCGGAGACUACGAAAUCCUCUACUGGGUUCCCUCUGCCUGUAAGCAAGUCGUAAGUGUGGAAACUACGAGAGACAUUGAAUGGGCUACCUAUACCUGCACUUUGGGAUUCCAUGUUUUUGGAGUGUGGCCAGAAGGCUCAGAUGGAACCGACAUCAAUGCCGUCUCUCGGGCCCACGAGAAGAAACUCCUGUCAACAGGCGACGACUUUGGCAAAGUGCACCUCUUCUCAUACCCCUGCUCGCAGUUCAGGGCUCCGAGCCACAUCUACGGCGGGCACAGCAGCCACGUCACCAACGUCGAUUUCCUCUGUGAAGACAGCCACCUCAUCUCCACGGGCGGGAAAGACACGAGCAUCAUGCAGUGGCGUGUUAUUUAGUCCCCAUCAAGAGCUGUGGGGAGCAGCAUGGCAAGGAAGACACAGACUCACAUUACCCUUGGUCACUGUGAUUUCUGUUUUGUUUAAAAAAUUCUUACAAACCUCAGGAAAACUGGGCCCUCUGCCGGCUACCUUAGCUUAGUGCGCCAGCAGGCGCCACAGCGGAUCAGUGGUUCCGUGUUCACUUUUGUUGUACAAUAUAUGACACAGUGCACAUUGAAUACCAACAAGGUUCCAACGUUUACAUUACAGCGACAUCAACAGAAGUAACUGGUAUAUUCUUAGUAACUUUUCUAUGAACUCUUCAAAAAUGGUCACAGAAUGCCUUUUAAAACGUUGUAUAUAGUCUUCACUGUUCCACCAUCUAGCUUGCUAAGUCAAAUAUUUAUGAUGAUAAUGAGGUACUGAACCAUGAUGGCUGUUGAGGAAUUGGUCCUAAAAGGACAGAUCACUUAAGAAGAGUGAAUAACUGAUUUGCACGGCUGAAUCAGGAGACGCAAAGAUGAGACUGUAUUUGGUUACAUUUUGCAAGGUUUCCUUACAUUCUCCCUUGGGGAGGCUGUGAGAGAGGGCUUGUAUUCCUCUUGUGCUAAGCAGAUCCUACUCCUAAUUGACUUAAAUAUUUCAGCAGGGUACACAGGCGUUUCCGAGUUUUCAGUGACACCGUCCUGCCUAACCGGAUGCGGUCAGCCUCUUCACACCCACCUGGCUUGCAUCCCCCAUCCCUUGUUCACACGCCCUGAUUCACGGUGAGACAUUUUGCCACCUUCUUGUGUAUAUUACUUGGCAUGAGAUGAUAUUGUACUUGUAUAGGAUUCUAGCAAUUCAUAAUAAAUAUGUCAGACUAGGCUUUACUGUCUUAUGCUUAUGGACGUUGUAUAUUUGUAUUUUACGACCAAGUAGACCAAGUCAGAAAGAUCUCUCGAGCGUACCGUAAACCUGCAGACAGAAGUCCCGAAGGGCUCCACCAGGUACCAGGGCAGCUGCUUUUCCUGUCUUUUGUGCAUGGGCGACUCAUUACAGUGUGAGAUAAGAUCGAGUUCUGAUGCGUUAAACGGAGGUGGCAGAAAUUUGUCAAGAAGGCCUUAUCCAUUUCGAUUGUGUGACAGAUUGAAAUUUAUUGUUUACAUUGGGGAAUGUAUCUCAAAUUUUUAAAUAGAAGAGUAAUAAACAGACUUUAAAACAAAUAUUAGGAUUUUUACUCAUUCUAGGCAAGCAAAUGAAUGGAAUUAUCUGAGCUCUAUGGCACUGGUUGUUUAGAGUGGCUGAUUAAGUGCAACUUUCAGAAACAUUUUUGAUGGCAUCACCAGCCUACUGCGGAAGUGCAGGGCACCAGUAAACACCAUGUAUUAUUGAAGAUGAAUCUGUUUGUAUGUAUCCUUGUCAAAUAUAUUCUAUAAUGAAAUAAAAUCUGAAAAGUGGAUUUCUUAUUGACCUAUAUUCAUGAAAGCAUAUAAAUUAAAAUAUUUAAAAUUAGAUAUGAUUCACACUAUGUUCUGUUUCAUACGCAGAUUUUGUUCUCACCUGGGCCAUUUGCAGGUGAGACUGUAGUUUGCAGAUGAGACUGUAGUUUGCAGAUGGUGUGGAAACAUUCAUCAGGGGAGAUAACUAUAAAGGAUUUGGCCUAUUACCAUAUUCAGUUGUCAGUUUAUGUAGUUUUGUGAAUACUGGCAAAAGCAAUUGUUUUUCAAUUAACAAUGGAGGGAAUGAUAAGAUGAGGGAAGGAAAAGGCAUUCAUUAUUGACUUACAUGUCAGUAAGGUCUACUUUUAUUUCAAUGCACUCCUAUUUUCCAAGCUUAAUAAUAGACAAAGGAUAAAAAAAAUACACACACAAAUAUACUAUUUUAGAUAUAUGUACUAUUUUAUAUAUAUGUAAACUACUAUAGCUCUCUUUGUAAUGAAUUAAUCAUUUUAUGAAUGAAUGAAUGAAUUUGAUGGAUUUAAAA